AACACGUGCUUCUACUAGAAUUUCAACAAAUCUAUUAUCGCAGCAGCAAGCUUCUCAUAAAAAAUCUUUAACAAAUCUACCACCACAGGCAUUCACUUCUCAUACAACAACUUUAUCAUCACAGUCACCUACUACUGCUUCUAUAAUUAAGGCUUUGUUUAAAGAAUCUGAUAAUGGUUUUUCUAAAAAUUUAUUACCGAUUGAUUCAGAACAAACAUAUGAAUUUCUUCAAAAUCGAGAUCAUAAUGACUAUUAUUUGGUUCCUGUGGAUUUUUUAGAAAAACUGAAUGGACAGAAUAAACGUGAAGAUAGCUUAUCACCUAUCUUUUUCGAGAAAGGUAUUGUCGCCAUUACUAAGGAGAUUCAAAAGAUAACUUUAUACCCUACUGCAGAAUUAUUUAAAGAACAUCUUGAAAGUUAUGUUGAAAAGCAUUCUAAAGGGUAUAUUAAAGAUAUUGGAAAACAUCGUUGGGAUUCUCGUUUUUAUUCAGAAUAUAUGGCUAUCUGUCUUGAAAAAAUGCGUCACCGUCGAAGUGCUAUUGCCAAGGAUAUUCGGUUAUCACUUUUCAAAGUAUUUCCUGAGGUUCCUGAAAUAAAGGCAAAUGCAGGUACAAAAAUUGCUGAAUGGAAAAGAAAUCCACGAGUUGCUGAAGCGUAUCUGGACAUAUGGAAAGCGGACGAUUCUGGUCUCCUAACAAUUAAUACGAUUAUUAUGAAGGCUAUGCCUAGAGAGGAUAGAGAGGUUUGUAUUAAGCCUUCAAUAGUAGCAUUCGCACUUGCAGUUUGUAGUAUUGUCUUAAAUCCACGAAGCAAAGACAUCCGAUGUACUGAAGAAGCUAUUAAGAAGCGAUGUUCGAUUUUCUUGGAACGAUUGAAUAUGCAACUUAUUCCAAUUGAAGAAGAUAUUGCAGAUAUCCAUGAUGAUUUGAAAAAUAAUGAAGGUUUAAAAGAUUAUAAUGAUACCGUCGAAGGAGAGACUCAAGAACCUUAUUCCAAAUCUGAAGAUGCUAGUUUAUUUGAUUGA